AUGACUAUUAUAGUAGCCUCGUUGUUUUUGCCGUUUCAACCUCAGUUCGAGGUGAAUGCUGACCAAGAACAGACAGCUGAGUUGGUUGAUUCCAAAUUGGUCAAAAUAUCCGGUGAACAAGAGGCUCAUGCUAAUAAGAAUUUACCAGAUGUGAGAGUACAAGAGACAGAUGCAUAUGCUACUGCAGCAACUCAGCCGUUUCUAAAUAGUAGAACACCGCUUGCGUUGAGUUCGGCUGCUUCCCAAUUGAAUGUUAAGCAGGGUCCAUUAUCCUCAGAGCAAUUUUUGGAGAACUUAACAGCAAAUGCCACAACGGCUGGCACUCCAGUUAACCCAAACUUGGGUGUUCAUGGGCAUGCAUCCGCAGAGGAUUUCUUCACUACGAACAAUUCAACUGCCAUAAACAACAAUGCGUCUUCUCCUCCAUUUUCUGUCUCUUCAAUAGCACCGGAAAUCAAUGCUAAUGUUGACGGAACUGAUACAAUGGAUGUUACCGCUGAUUUGUUAGAUAAUGUCAAUAAGUCUUUGCUGUUACACUCUGUUCUAAACAGUGGACAGGGAGUCUCUAGCCCUAAUGCGGUAGAAGGUCAUACGGCGACGCAUUUAACUAACCCAAACACUACUGUUAUUACCCCUAAAUCUAGAGCAGUUCCAGAGAGCAAUCCUGGUGUAGUUAACUUUGAUAAUUAUAAGGAAAGACGUGAUAGUCAAUCGAACUCAGCAUUCCCUUCGAUGAAAAGGGUUGCUUCAGGCUCACAUGGACCCUCUCACUUAAAAUAUUCUCAGAAUGCUAUAGAUGCUGCUCUAGAAUCUGAUGUUAUCGAUGAUGCUGAUGACAGACAGAACUCAGAAGCCGAGUCUGAUUAUGAAACUGACAGAAAAGUUCAUUAUAAUGUUCCAGGCUUUGGUGGAUAUUCUUCAACUUCUAAAAGAUUAAAAAACUCACUAGAAAUUUUUAGCAGAGUGCCUUGGAAGAUAGUUCCUUCUAGAAAGGGUAAUGGUGCAUUGAAAAACGCCAUUAAUACAUCAAUUUUAGAAAAGGAUAUCAAGGAUGGCGUUAAAUGGGUUGGUACGUUGGGUAUUCCUACUGAUGAGAUUCCUGUUGAGACAACGAAAAAAAUCGUGAAGGAUCUUAAUGAAAACUACCAAUCUUCGGCUGUUAUUGCUGAUGAUGUAACUUUUAAAGGUGCAUAUAAAAACUUUUGUAAGCAAAUCUUAUGGCCUACACUUCAUUAUCAAAUUCCAGAUAAUCCAAAUUCUAAAGCUUUUGAAGAUCAUUCUUGGAAUUACUUCCAAAGGCUUAACCAGUACUUUGCUGAAAAAAUUGUUUCGAUUUAUGAAGAUGGUGAUAUUGUAUGGGUUCAUGACUACCAUUUAAUGUUAGUUCCAGGUAUGGUGCGUCAAAAACUUCCGAAUGCAAAGAUAGGAUUCUUUCUACAUGUAUCUUUCCCUAGUAGUGAAGUGUUCAGAUGCUUCGCACAAAGAGAGAACAUGUUAGAAGGUAUUUUGGGUGCCAACUUCGUUGGGUUCCAGACUGCUGAGUACGCAAGACAUUUCUUGACAACAGCAAACUUGCUAUUGACAGCCGAUGUAUCUGGUGAUCAUUUAAGAUACAAGGGUAAGGUCGUCUCAGUAAAAUCGACACCGAUUGGUAUAGAUGCCUUUGAUUUAGCAAAUCAGUUACUGACUGACCCUGUUACAAAAUGGAGGCAAUUGAUAAGACAAAGAUGGGCUGGUAAGAAACUUAUUGUUUGCCGUGAUCAAUUUGAUAAGAUUAGAGGACUUCAUAAGAAGCUUUUAGCUUAUGAAAGAUUUCUGAGAGAGAAUCCAGAUUAUAUUGAGAAAGUAGUUUUGAUUCAAAUUUGUAUUGGAAAAAGUUCUGAUCCUGAACUUGAGCGUAAAGUGAUGGUGGUGGUUGACAGAAUCAAUUCUCUUUCUAUCAGCAUCAGUGUUUCACAGCCUGUGGUCUUUUUACAUCAAGAUCUGGACUUUGCCCAAUACCUAGCUCUAAGCUCAGAAGCGGAUCUGUUUUUGAUAAACACAUUUAGGGAAGGUAUGAAUUUAACUUGUCAUGAAUUUAUUGUUUGUUCAAGAGAAAAGAAUUCACCACUUCUGAUCUCGGAAUUUACUGGUAGUGCUGAACUAUUGAAGGAUGGUGCCAUCUUAAUUAAUCCAUGGGAUACAAGACAUCUAGCUAAAUGCAUUAAGAUGGGUCUUGAGAUGCCAUUGGAUGAAAGGAAAAGAAGAUGGAAGAUUAUGAUGAAAUCGUUGAUUAACAAUGACUCAACGAAUUGGAUUAUGUCGAAUCUACAAGCUAUUGAACAUUGUUGGGAAUUCAGUAAAGAGAGCUCUACGUUGUUCAGUCUGUCUUCAGAGGAGUUGGCAAGUGAAUACCAAUCUGCAUCGAAUAAAUUAUUCAUCUUGAAAAUCUCGGAGCCUCCAAGCCCUAGAAUGUUAGCAAUCUUAAGGGAACUGAGUUCAAGGUGUACUGUUUAUAUUAUGAAUACCUUUUCCAAGACAACUCUUGAAAACCUUUACGGUCGUGUUGGUAAUUUGGGUCUUAUUGCUGAAGGCGGUGCUUAUGUAAGGUUGAAUGGAACAUGGUACAGCAUUGUGGAUCAUGUUGACUGGCUUGAGGAAGUCACUAAGAUUUUGGAUACCAAGAUUGAAAGAUUGCCUGGCUCGUACUAUAAACUAGCAGACUCUAUGGUCAGAUUUCACACUGAAAAUGCAGAAGAUCAAGACAGAGUUGCCAGUGUUAUCGGUGAAGCUAUGACACAUAUUAACACAUUAUUUGCCGAUCGUGGCAUUCAUGCUUACGUGCAUAAGAAUAUAUUGUUUGUGCAGCAAAAGGAAUUGUCUUUAGAAACUACAAAGUUUAUCCUAAAGUUCCAUAAUAGUGGUAAAGUAUACAAUACAGGUCACUCUACUCCAAGUAAACACAACAACGAGAUGUCAGCAAUGUUUUCUGGUCAAAGCGACACCAUUGAUUUCAUCUGUGUAGCAGGGUCUACGUCUCCAACAAUUGAACCGAUAUUCAAGCUGGUAAAAGAUGCCACACUUGCUGGUAAUUUAAGAUAUGGACAUACUAUUGUAUAUGGUGAUGCUCCAUCUACAUAUGCCAGGGAGCAUACGAGUGGUUGGAACGAACUUUUUAAUAUCUUUCAAGAUCUGGCAAAGUCAAAUGAAAGACAGUGA